AUGAAAACGGACUACUAUGAAUUGUUAGGAGUCGAAACGUCUGCGUCUGAUAUAGAGCUUAAGAAAGCAUACAGAAAGAAAGCUUUACAAUAUCAUCCUGAUAAAAAUCUUGAUAAUGUGGAGGAAGCCGCCAGAGUUUUUGAUCUUAUAAGGUCCGCUUAUGAAGUUUUGUCAGACCCACAGGAGAGAGCAUGGUAUGAUUCACAUAAGUCUUCGAUCUUAAGAGAUGAUGACGAUUAUGGUUACGAUGAUGAAGAUGAUCUAUCACCAGAUAUCACAGGUACAACAACAGAUGAACUUUUGAAGUUUUUUGAUCCAACUUUAUACACAAGAAUUGAUGAUUCUAUGGCUGGUAUUUAUGUAUUGGCUAGUCGUGUAUUUGAAAAGCUUGCAGCGGAAGAAGUUUUAUCAGGUCGUCAACAAGGUCUUGAUAAAUAUGCAUCAUAUCAAGAUGAUGAUCCAUCUGAUACUACAAAUAUUUUAUAUCCAAAAUUUGGUAGAAGCAAAUCAGAUUAUGGAUCAGAAGUGAGAAAGUUUUAUCAAGUUUGGUCUUCAUUCUCAACAGUGAAAACUUUUUCAUGGAAAGAUGAAUAUAGAUAUUCAACAGCUGGUGAUCGUCGUACAAGACGUGCAAUGGAGAGAGAAAACAAAAAAGCUAGAGAUUCUGCACGCCGUGAAUUUAAUGAGACUGUUAAAAGCUACGUUGCAUUCAUAAAGAAAAGAGAUCCAAGAGUUAAAGAAGGUGCAGCUGCUUUUGAACAAGAGAAGAAACGUAAAAAUCAAGAAGAAUUACGCAAACAGAUUGCGAAAGAUAGAGAAGCUAAUGCACAGAAAAGAGGUGAAUAUGAAGCACAGAACUGGCAAAAGAUUAGUCAUGCUGAAUUGGAAGAGAUGGAAAACAAUUUUGCAGAAUCUUCAGAAAGUGAAGAGGAAGAUGAAGAGGAGAUUGAAGUUUUUGAAUGUUUUGUAUGUAAUAAGAGUUUCAAGACACAAAAACAAUUCAAUGCACAUGAAAGUAGCAAUAAACAUAAGAAAGCUAUAUCUAAAUUAAGAUGGGAAAUGAAGAAAGAAGGUAUAUCUUUAGGUAUAGACCCUGUUUCUGAUGAAAGUGAAUUUGAUACCGCUGAUGAUCUUUCUGAGCCAGAAGAAGAUGACGAAUUGGACGUGGAAGAUUCUGAAGAUGGAAUAGAUGAGGAUGAAACUAGAAAUGAUAUAGAUGAGGAAAUAAGGAAGAUCGAGGAGCAACUUAAAGGUCUUGGUAAUGAUGAUUAUGACGAUGAUGUGUCUGAAGUUGAAGAUGAUGAGAAUAAGAACAUAAAGCAAGGCCCAUCAAAACAUCACCAAGAAGAGCCUAAUUCAAACGGAAUAUCAGGGGUAAAUGCCGAAGAAUUAGAGGUUGAUGACUCACUUGAAUCUGAUUUGGAAUCAGAACCAGAACCAAAACCAGAAGUGAUACCAAAAAAGAAACUAUCGAAGAAAGAAAAGAAAAAACAAAAAUACAAUAAAGAUAAGUCUCAGUCCAAAUCAGAGGCCGGGGAAGAAGAUGAUGAAGAAGAAGACGAACUUGCAAAACUAGCAGCUCAAUUAGAGAAAGGUAUUUCUUUAGAUAUUGAUGAUUCAGAUGAUGAAUGGGAUACAGGUAAUUCCAAAAAGAAUAAGGGGAAAAAAGCCAAAAGAGCCAAAAACACAUCUGAGAGCUCUACACCUGGACCAUCAGGCGGUGAUACAGAAAAAGAACAAAAUAACAAACCUGUAGGGGGAGAGAAAUGUUCUGUUUGUAAUCAAAAUUUUAGUUCAAGAAAUAAGUUAUUUCAACACGUCAAUACUACAGGACACGCUGCUCCACCAAAGAAGAAGGCAGGAAGGAAAGGCAAACGUUAA